AUGAUAACACAGUUCACAUCUCGAUUUGCUAACCUGAAAGAAGUAAGUGAUGAUUUUGAGUUUUUGAACGGCCAAUUCAUCUCGCAAGCCACCCUAGAAGACAUAAAGAAAAAUGCUGCAGAUUUAGUUCAGAAGUAUGAAGAUAACCUCGAUGCUUCUGAAUUCAUUGAUGAAAUUGAGAGUUUUAAAUUUCAAGCAUCAGAUCUUGUGCACAAUUUUGCCGAGUUAGAUCACAUUCAAACUCUUCAAAUCAUUCAUGAAAAUGAAUUAGAGAAAAUAUAUCCGAAUAUCGAUAUAGCUUUACGAAUAUUUUUCUCUGUUCCUGUUACUAGUGCUUCUUGUGAAAGAUCAUUUAGUAAACUAAAACUAGUGAACAGUUUUUUGAGGUCUUCAAUAGGCCAGGAAAGAUUGACCGAUAUGGCUAUACUUAGCAUUGAGAAAGAAACAGCAGCUUCAGUAGAUUUUGAAGAUGAAAUAAAUGUUUUGUUUUAG